UGAAUCAGAAGGAAUGUUUCUUAGUGGUCUAUUGGUACAACUGAUUCAAACGACGUAAUUGAAAUGAUAUGCUUUACAGAUGUGUAAUAGUAUUCGGUUUGUAAUUAAAUACGCUGUUGUUAUAUGUUAGGAAACCUAAUGGUCAUUGAUACUGACGUCCAGAAAUCAAUUUCAGGCUCACAAUAAAAUUUUAAUUUAUUAAAUAACAAACUGCCUGGUAUAGUAAGUAAUGUAAAACGGACGAAGAGAAACAUAGAGCACCUAAUAUUCAUUUCCACACAUCUACCAUAAUACCUGGCAUUUGCUGAUUUUGUACUCAUCUGGUAAUUUGCUUGGCUACGUUAGCACAGCAUUUAAAGGAAAAUAAUACCAAGAACAACACAGUUGAAUACAAUGCUUCAAAUGUCCAAUACCACUAGACUGUGGCUGAAACACUUUUCAGAUUACUGUUUGCCUUUGAAGUCAUUCAUAUCAAGAAAUGUAACAGUUACAACCAAGAAGAAAUCCGCAGUUGUAGAGUGUCUUAAAAGUCGUGGUAUUCUGAGAGUAUCUGGUAAAGAGGCAUCAUCUUUCAUGCAAGGUCUUAUUACGAAUGACAUGAGACACUUAGAAGAAGGGGUGCAGAGCAUGUACACAACGUUUCUAAAUACCAAAGGGCGUGUCAUGUAUGAUGCUAUCAUUUAUCAAUCAAAGGAAGAGAAUGUUUUCUUAAUAGAAUGCGAUAAAUCAGCAAUAUCACAUUUGCAGAAACAUUUAAAACUGUUUCGUGUUCGAAGAAAGAUCGAUAUAGACAAUGUAGAAGAUGAAUUAAAAGUGUGGGUUGUAUUUGAUCCUAAUUUAGCAGAUACUGAUGAGACAAAUGUUAAUAAAAUGAAAAACAUUCUUCAAGGUCAAAUACUCUCACCUACAAUAGAAUCUCCUAUUGAUGAAAGUAUCAUAAAAGAACUUGAAAAGCAUACAGAUAAUACAAUAGUAUGCCGUGACCCAAGACUUUCCACUUUAGGAGUUCGAAUUGUAGCACCAGCCAGUGAAGAUAUUUCACUACAGAACGACAGAGGUGAAUCUGUAUAUCAAGGAAACAAUAUGAGUUAUCGUGCAUUUAGGUAUAAACUUGGGAUCGGUGAGGGAGUGAAUGAUCUGCCACCAGAAAAUUGCUUCCCAUUAGAAGCAAAUGGAGACUACCUACAUGGGGUAAGCUUUCAUAAGGGUUGCUACAUAGGCCAAGAGCUCACGGCCAGAACGCAUCAUACAGGUGUAGUACGUAAACGUCUUAUGCCUAUAAUUUUUGAAUCAGUGCCACAAACUGAACUGGAAAUAAAUACUCCAAUACAUGUACCCAGUGGAUGCAAUAAAGUUUCUGUUGGAAAGUUACGAGGAGUCGAAGGCAAUGUCGGACUAGCACUUCUAAGGAUCGCACAGGCGCUCGAUGCUUCAGAAUUUAAAAUCCUGAAUGUGACAGCAGAAACCACGAAACCACACUGGUGGCCACAAGAAGCACCAAAGGACCGAAUUUUCACAGUAAAAGGCUAGCUGAAAAGUGAAGUACAACUUCGUGAAUAGUCAUAUUAUGCUGUGAUAAAUAUACCAGAUGAUAUUAUGUUUAACAGAGAAUAUCUAAUAAAUCAUUUAUGUUGAUGCGAGUAUAA